AUGGCGCAGCACCACGCCCCAUCAGACCCCCAGGAAAUGUGUGCACUCAACACGUCCCCACAACUGGUGGCGGCGAUCGUGUUCAUCAGCUUCGGCGUGGUGGCGGCCUUCUGCUGUGCUGUGGUCGACGGCGUGUUUGCAGCGCGACACAUCGAACCAAAGCCCCUCACCACGGGAAGAUGCCAGUUCUACUCCAGGGGGGCUGGAUACCUGCACGACGUCUACCAGGCGGAGGUCACCUGUCACUCCUUGAACGGCAAGUGCCAGCUGAAGGUGAGGAGCAACACCUGCUACUGCUGCGACCUGUACACUUGUGAGAGUGCAGAGCAGUCGCCCGCCUACUACGAGUUUGUUGGCGUGAGCGGCUGCCAGGACGUGGUGCACCUGUACCGGCUGCUCUGGGCCUCGACGGUGCUGAACAUCCUGGGACUGCUCCUGGGCAUCGUCACGGCUGCGGUCCUGGGGGCAUUCAAGGACAUGGUCCCUCUGUCCCAGCUGGCCUACAGCCUGUCCUCUCCACCUCAGAUCCUCUACAACCCUGCGCAGCAGAUCCUGGCCUACGUGGGCUUCUGCCCGCCGCCCACGGCUGCUCCAACAUGCUCGUCCUACCCGUUGCCUCUUCAGGUAAGGCUGGCGUCCCCCGCGGAGCCCUCCGCCGACCUCUCUCUGUCCGAGGACUCGUGGCCUCUCUCCCAGGCCAGCUCCGGCUCCAGGCCUCCUCCCAACGCCCCGUCGCGCCAGGCACCAGCCUAUUUCCUCCCAGGAGAGAAACCACCUCCCUACGCACCCUGA